AGGCAUUGUUAUGAAGUAAAAUGCCAUAGUUUGAUGUCACUGCGUGGUGAGGCAUAGUGAAUUGCAGUCCUUGUGCUGUUUCCCAAGGUGAAAUGAAAAGGCCGAGACCAAGAAUUGUGUGUAUACCACGUUUGUGCUUAGCCUUGCCGUCCAUUCUUUAGUGCAUGAUGAUGGUUAUAGAUCAUAAAGCGGAGAAGGCAACAUCAUCACACAGGUUAAAACAUCAAACACACAUUUGUUUACCAAGUUGAAACAUGGCAAACAUGGCAAAAGUCUCAAUGGUUACUUUAGUGGCACAUCUGAGCUUCUUUUUUGCCCUAAGGUUCCUAAUGACUAUACGGGUAUGGCCAGUUGGGCACGCAAGGGACUGUGUUUUACGCAGUCCAAAACAUGCUAUUUCUAGAGUAAUACAGAAGGCGUAAGCAAGUUAUUACUUUUUCGUUGGAUAGACGAAAUUGUGAAUUUGAUCACAUGGGCUUCGAAGACAACGUGUGAUAUCUGGAAAACUCUGAAAAUCCCAAGUUUCCAUGACAAAACAGACACAAGUCCCCAUAACUCCACCGGCACUAUUGAAGUUGGGGGCACGUUAAAACACCAGAAACGGACAUAGAGACACUUUGUUCAUGUUUCUGUGAACAUCGAACUGUUUACUUUAACAGGGGACUUGUUGAUGCAACCAAAAGUGGUUUCAUUCUUUACAUAUUUUGCCAUAAACCGGGGGCAGAAAACACAAGCGAUUUGCUAGUACAGACAAAGAGUCGGAUUGCUCGCUUAGUUGACUCUCUACGGCUCUCGUGUCGAUGAUAAGGCCUGCCCACUGGCUCACCCGGUCAUUCACUGAGUAGAGAAACUCUGUUGGAGGAACGCAACGAGAAUGGCAGACGCCGCUCCAGCCCCCGCUGCCGCACCGGCAAAGGCACCCAAGAAGAAGGCACCCAGGCCCAAGAAGACUGGUCCAAGUGUCGGCGAGUUGAUUGUGAAAGCAAUUGCUGCUUCCAAGGAGAAGAAGGGGGUGUCUCUUGCCGCUCUGAAGAAGGCGCUCGCCGCUGGCGGAUACGAUGUGGAGAAGAACAAGGCUCGCGUCAAAGUGGCAGUCAGAGGACUGGUCACUAAAGGCACCCUUGUCCAGACUAAAGGAGUCGGUGCGUCCGGAUCCUUCAAAUUAGCCAAGAAGGUGGCAGAGCCCAAGAAGAAGGCAGUCAAGAAGCCAGCGGCCAAAAAGCCAGCUGCCAAGAAGCCAGCCGCAGCAAAAAAGCCCAAGAAGGCAGCAGCCAAAAAGCCAGCCGCCGCCAAGAAGUCACCGAAGAAGGCUAAGAAGCCCGCCGCCCCCAAGAAGGCUACAAAGAGCCCUAAGAAGGCAAAGAAGCCCGCGGCUCCCAAGAAGGCAGCAAAGAGUCCGAAGAAGGUUAAGGCAGCCAAGCCAAAGGCAGCUAAACCUAAAGCAGCCAAGCCCAAGAAGGCAGCCCCUAAGAAGAAGUAAAUUCAUUUUUAGGCUGCUGUUUCUCAAACAAAAGGCUCUUCUAAGAGCCACCCAAUUUCCUCAUUAAUAGCACAUGUUCCAACGAAAUGCCCGCAUCAGUACUGUCUCAGAGUUUGACCUGAAUGAACGAGCGGUCGGCUGGCAAGCAUGAUUUGCGCCAUUUUUCACAACCAACCUCAUUCAUUGUUUGCAAAAUCACCGAGGCCCCUGCGCUACUGCCAUGACGAUACAACGGCUGAAUCCAGCCACACGCUAUAACAUAAUGGUUAGUUAUGAACAUGCACACGCAUCUGUACAAGCACAUAACAUGUUGUUUAUAGCUAAUUGUCUAUAUUUUUGGAAGCUUUAGAAAAAUGCGUAAUGAACGCAUGACUCGAGCUGUUUGUUUCUAGUGGGAUAGGCAACAAGUUGCAACAGAGUUGUACAAUAGAAGUACUUAUAUGUGUAAUUACAACACUAGUAGUAUGGCACUACAAAUAAUCUAUGUUACAGGGUAGUAAUUACAUCUGUAAGUGUACUUUAUUAGAUAAACACCUCAGAGAACAGAGGACAUAACAACGCGCAUGGUGGGCUGUAUGAAAUCCCGUCGUCAAACAUAUAUGCUUUUACUUUAAUUUCAUGGCUUAUAUUAUUUGCCCAAAAAAAGGAAUAUGUGGU